GAUGCGCAUGCUUAAAGAUGCUUAAAGACGAGGGAGGAGAUAAAGAGACAGCGACCGUCGUCUUUCACGAGCUGUUCUGCUUCGCAUUCCUCUAAUUAAUUGAUUUCUCCAACUCCAUCCAUUUUAUUGGAGAGGUGACGCUGCUGAAGCUUCUCUGCCUGCUGCUGCGCCUCUUCCUUUCUUUCUCCUUUAUGUUAGAAAGAUUCCUUCUUGGAAUUGAUAAAAGGACUGCUUUUCUGCGCUUUCCUUUGCUGUUGUUUUUAGAGCUCCGCUUGGCUUUUAAGCUAAAGCCUUGGUCUAUAGCAGAAAGUUCUUUUGCGAUGAUUUAGAUCGAGAAUUGGGGAUCAAGAUUCGGAUUUUUCUUAUCCAUUCUCGGCGGAGGAAUGGGCUGCGCCUACUCGACGGUGGAGGUGGACGAGGCGCUGUGGCGAUGCAAGGAGCGGCGGAGGCUGAUGAAGCAGCUGAUGAAAUGCCGGGCCGAUCUCGCCGAUGCCCUCAUCGCGUACCUGCGGUCCUUGAGGGACACUGGCGCCACCCUUCGGCAGCUCAUCGAAGUGGAGUCGAUGACCUCCGGCAUCGUUCCUCCUGUUGGUUUCACAUUGCCGCCUUCCCCUCCCCUGCCGCCGUCGCUGCCGCCUUCGCCGCCGCCCCCUCCCAAAUUUUUCCGAGUUGGGCCGAAGGAAUCGACGAAGGCGAAGUUCUAUGUCUCGGAUCCGAGCGAUAUGGACGACGACGACGACGACGACGAGGGUUUCCCUCUUCAACCACCUCCGCCACCCUUCUCUGUUUCCUCCGGGGACUUCGGUGAUCAUAUGGGUUCCACGGCUUCCUCGGGUUCGUCAUCUCCACUGCGAAGUGGAGGAGCUGCUGCGCAUGCGUCGACUGUAGAAGAUCACUGGGCGGAACCCAAGUCGGAGUUUGAGGGGGAGGAGGAGGUCGUUGAGGAAGAAGAAGAGGACGACUUGAUCCAAAGGAAGGAGGCUUUGGCUGUGGCAAUGAAUAGGGCGAGGGGGACACCCCCAUCUAAGGAAUUGGCCGACGAUGGCUUGUCCAUCGUGAGCCAACUUACCAAGGACGCAGACCCCACAGCAACAGCGUGGAGGAGUAAGAAGACAUGUACAAGCAUCGCAAAGGAGCUCGACGAAUACUUCCUGAAAGCUGCUGCUAGUGGGAAGGAUGUCACUGUCUUUCUCGAGUCCAGUCGGAGCUACCUUCAUCAUGGGGACCCUAAAGCAAGGAAAGGGAAGAGUUUCAAGUGUACCGAAGUGGUAGAUAUGUUGUCUUGGAGCUGGUCUUUUAGAUCUUCUCAUUCUAACAGAGAUACUCAAGAUGCAAAUAAUUCAUCUAUGCCUGGCACCCAUUGCACAACGCUGGAAAAGAUUCUUGUUGAGGAGCAGAAACUCUACGAUCAAGUGAAGGAUGAGGAAAAUAUUAAAUCCCAGCACAAGAAGAUACUCCUCUUCUUGGAUAAGUUGCAAGGUAGAGAUUAUGACGGGUCAAAAACUGAGAGAACUAUAUCUGAUGUUGAGGAGCUGCAGUGCCGAAUUAUUUCUAUAAAGGAUUCGAUAAAUGAAACUUGUAUGUCCAUAUCAAAACUCAGGGAUGAAAAAUUAUUUCCUCAAUUGGUUGAAUUCUGUGGUGGUCUUGUAAAGAUGUGGAGGACAAUGUACGAAUGCCACCAAGUGCAAAAUCUUGUUUCUCAACAAGCAAAUUAUUUCGACAAUAGUCUGGGUACCUAUCCAACAACUGAUUCUCAUCGUCAGGCCAUUUCUCAGCUUGUAGCCGAGGUGACUUCCUGGCAUAGUUCAUUCUGCAACCUUUUCCGCUAUCAGCGUGAAUAUAUGUGUGUUCUGAGGCAGUGGGUUAGAAUGACUGACUGCCUUCCAGAAACCAAUAACUUGAUGGGUUCAAGCUCCAGUAUCCAUAAAUUUUGUGAUGAAGUGCAGGGAGUCCUUGAUCAGCGACCAGAUAAGGUGGCUGCUGAGGCAAUUAACAGCUUUUUAUUGGUCCUUCAGCCUAUAAUUCAGCAACAUUCAGAAGAGCACAGCCUGCAGAAGAGAUUCGAACGAUUCCAAAUCAGGUUGGAGAAAGAGAUGAUCUCAUCUCAGACAUUGGAGAAGGAUAAUCAGCAGACAAGACUAGAAGCUCUAAAGAGGAGAGCAGAGGAAGAAAAGGUCAAGUAUCUACAUUCCGCUCACACAAGCAGAGCCAUGAUGCUGAACAAUCUGCAGACAAGACUCCCGAAUGUAUUCCAGGCUCUAAUGGGGGUUUCAAGCACAUACACGCAGGCUUUAGACGAUAUUACCAGUCGGAUGGGAGUUGUAGCUACUUUGCCUCAAAGUGUUUCACCAGUACACUAAUGAACAUUUUGCAAAAAUCAUUACUAUAAGCAGCAAUGCAGGUCUUCGUGGGAUUAUUCUGGAUAGAUUCAUUAUGACUUAACAAAGAUAUUUGUAGGAUGCACUUUGAGCAAACCUCAAGUUCCUAGUGUCCAGAUAUGUCGUAAGCAUUAAAUGUCAAAAUCGGAUUACAGAACCAAUGUACAGAUCUGGUUAUAUUGUGGCCCCAUAUCAAUUCAGAUUGUUUGAACUGAUCCAAAUAAAGUGAUGCUGAGAACUUGAGUAA